GCUUCUCUGGGCUCCGGCUUCUGCCUCCCGGCGCAGCGCGUAGGCGGACACGCGGGCAGGCCGCCCCCGCAGCUCCUGGCCCUGGUAGACGAUGAGCAGCCAUGGCAACAGCUUGUUUCUGCGGGAGAGUGGCCAGCGGCUGGGCCGGGUCGGCUGGCUGCAGCGGCUGCUGGACGGCCUGCAGCAGAGAGCGCUGCGAACGCGCUUGCGCCUGCAAACCAUGACGCUUGAGCACGUGCUGCGCUUCCUGCGCCGGAACGCCUUCAUCUUGCUGACCGUCAGCGCCGUGGUCAUUGGGGUCAGCCUGGCCUUUGCCCUGCGCCCGUACCAGCUCAGCUAUCGCCAGAUCAAGUACUUCUCUUUCCCUGGAGAGCUUCUCAUGAGGAUGCUGCAGAUGCUGGUGCUGCCACUCAUUGUCUCCAGCCUGGUCACAGGUAUGGCGUCCUUGGAUAACAAGGCGACAGGGCGGAUGGGUAUGCGGGCAGCUGUAUACUACAUGGUGACCACCGUCAUCGCGGUCUUCAUCGGCAUCCUCAUGGUCACCAUCAUCCAUCCUGGGAAGGGCUCCAAGGAGGGGCUGCACCGAGAGGGCCGGAUCGAGACCAUUCCCACGGCCGAUGCCUUCAUGGACCUGGUCAGAAAUAUGUUUCCGCCCAACCUUGUGGAGGCCUGCUUCAAACAGUUUAAGACGCAGUACAGCACGAGGUUGGUAACCAGGACCAUUGUGAGGACAGAAAAUGGAUCUGAGCUGGGCACCUCCAUGCCUCCUUUAUCCUCAAUGGAGAACGGAAGCAGCCUCUUGGAAAAUGUCACACGGGCCAUGGGCACCUUGCAGGAGGUGCUGAGCUUUGAGGAGACUGUGCCUGUGCCUGGCUCAGCCAAUGGCAUCAACGCCCUGGGCCUUGUGGUCUUCUCGGUGGCCUUUGGGCUGGUCAUCGGUGGCAUGAAACACAAGGGCCGAGUCCUGCGGGAUUUCUUCGACAGCCUCAAUGAGGCUAUUAUGAGGCUGGUGGGCAUCAUUAUCUGGUAUGCACCUGUGGGCAUCCUGUUCCUGAUUGCUGGCAAGAUCCUAGAGAUGGAAGACAUGGCCGUCCUGGGGGGUCAGCUGGGCAUGUACACCCUGACCGUCAUCGUGGGUUUGUUCCUUCAUGCCGGUGGCAUCCUGCCUCUCAUCUACUUCCUCAUCACCCAUCGGAAUCCUUUCCCCUUCAUUGGGGGAAUACUGCAGGCCCUCAUCACUGCCAUGGGCACGUCUUCCAGCUCGGCGACACUGCCCAUCACCUUCCGCUGUCUGGAGGAGGGCCUGGGUGUGGACCGCCGCAUCACCAGGUUUGUGCUGCCUGUGGGGGCCACCGUCAACAUGGAUGGCACUGCCCUCUAUGAGGCCCUGGCCGCCAUCUUCAUUGCUCAAGUCAACAACUACGAGCUCAACCUGGGUCAGAUCACAACUAUCAGUAUCACGGCUACAGCAGCCAGCGUUGGGGCUGCUGGCAUCCCCCAGGCAGGUCUGGUCACCAUGGUCAUUGUGCUCACGUCAGUCGGCCUGCCCACUGAAGACAUCACACUCAUCAUAGCUGUGGACUGGUUCCUUGAUCGACUUCGCACCAUGACCAAUGUGCUGGGGGACUCUAUUGGAGCAGCCGUCAUUGAGCAUUUGUCUCAGCGGGAGCUGGAGCUGCAGGAAGCUGAACUCACCCUCCCCAGCCUGGGGAAGCCCUACAAGUCUCUCAUGGCACAAGAGAAGGGGGCGUCCAGGGGACGGGGAGGCAACGAGAGUGCCAUGUGA